AUGACCACCACCGGGGACGUCUGGCACAAUUUCGAAAAUGACUCGGUGCAAUCCAUGCUGGAGAACUCUGGUAGUGUAGCCAGAGACCAUCUAGCAUCAGAACGGACCUUUCUGGCCUAUGUUCGGACGAGCUUAGCCAUUGCAUCCACUGGAGUCGCCCUGAUACAACUCUUUAAACUUGCUAUGAAUACCGAUGACCCGAGUCUCCCAAGCCCUGUCCAUGUGGGAAGGAGCCUGAGGCCAUUUGCUGUACCACUCGGAGCCACUAUGCUAGUAUUUGGAUUCGUCGUUCUGAGCACUGGCACGAUACGUUAUUUCACUAUACAGAAAGCUUUGACCAAAGGCAUGUUUCCAAUUGCACGUUUUGUGAUGACGGGGAUUGCCAUCGCACUGGGGAUCGUAAUUAUCAUUGUUUUCAGUUUGCUAGUUGCAGAAAGGAAUGCGUCUUAA